AUGAAUGUUCUUCAUUAUUCAUUCAGUUUAAGUGCAUGUCCAAAAUGUCAUUUACUUAUUUGUCAACAUACAAGUUUAGCAAAUCUUGAAUUUGAUUCUCUUCCACAACCCAUAACUGAAUGUAGUAAUCCAACAAUUUCUACUCAACAUGAUCUUGAGAAUCCUUAUCAACAACUUUCAUCUCAUGGUACAAAUUUUUAUAUAUUUCCAUCGACAAUAUCUGAUACUCGUCAUAGUUGGACAACAUUUGGUACACAAUCAAUUGAAAGUAUACAUACAUUAAAUAAUCUAUCAUUUAAUAAUGAAACAAUAUCAGAUGCAAUACCAUUUGCAAAUGAAAAUAUCAUACAAUCAUCAUUAUCAUUAAAUCAAAUUGUUCGAACACAAUCAGAAAAAUUUAAGUCAUCGAUUGAUUUAGCUAAAAGUUUAUCAUAUUCAACAUCAUUUUCUCAUAUUAAACAUGAAGACAAUUCAAUCAAAAAAUCAUCUAGAUAUUUAAAUCGAUCAUUUUUUCUUAUUCUUAUACUUAUUUUCUCAUAUCUUAUUACAAAUACAAUUGAUAUUGUUCUUAUUUAUAUUUAUUAUCAUACGAAUUAUCUCUAUUUAAUUAGUUUUAUAAGUACAAUUAUUUUAUGUGAUAUGAUUUUAUGGAUGAAUAAUUUAAUUCAAUUAAAAACACUUCCAUCAUAUUUAUUAUUAAUACCAUUUAUUAUUCGUCUUUAUUUAUUAUAUGAACUUGUUGAAUUAUUAACAAUGGCAUUUGAUAACAAUGAUAAUAUAGAAAUAUUUGAUUCAUCUUCGUCAACAUCAUCAUCAACAGCAACAACAAUAACAGUUGAAACAACGAUAUCACAAACAACAAAUUCACCUAUUAAUAAUCGUCAAUUAUCGACAUAUACAAUAAGAAAACAAAGAUUAUUUUAUUAUUUAACAUUAUUUUAUCUUGUUCAUACAGGAUUUUUUACUUUUAUUAAUUUUUAUUUUUGGUCAAAUAAUUUUGAACCAUCAACGAAAUCUGUAUUAAAUAUGGAUUAUUUUAUUCCUCAAUGGACAUUAAAUGAUGAUUUAUUAUCAACAACUACAGAUACAAUUACAACUUAUGCUUCAACAAUGUAUUUGGAAAUGAAUCCUGAACAUUCUGCUCGUCGAACAAUGUUUACCAAUUGGACACAAUACUUAUUUUCUUCAUAUAUUCCACUAUCAAUUCGUCUUCCUUCUUCAUCAUUAUUUGUUUUAAUUAGUAUUUCAUAUUAUUUAAUAAUAAACUAUUCAUUUAUAUCAACAUUUCUAAUAUUUAAACGAUUUUCAUUGUUUAUUAUACCAUCAAUUCUCUCACAUUUAUGUUUAAUUCUAACACGUAUUUAUACAUUUAUCUUUCUUUUUCGUUUUAAUAUUUGGUGGUUACCAAUAAGUUUUCUUCUUAUUCAUAUAAUACUUCUAAUUAUACUUUUAUUUGAUCAAUUUAAAUAUCAACAUAAACGAAAUACAAUAUUUCUCCAAAUAAUAUUUUCUUUAUUAACACAAAAUUCAAUUGAUAAUAUAUCAAUACAUGCAUUAAUAUCAAUAGAAAAUAUUUCAAUAUUUAUUUAUCGUCUUUAUCUUGAAAUAAUUUCAUUUGAUUAUAAUGAUACAGUAUUACGUUUAAUCAUUUUUUUAACUAUACUUAUUUCAAUACAAAUUAUUGGUUUUAUAUUUGAUAUUUUAUCAAAAAAUAUUCUUUAUCGUACAAAAUCUAUAAUAAAAUUAUAA